AUGCAAUCUAAUGGAGGAUCUUUGUGUAAGAGGUCAUUCAGCACAUACGGACGACCGCCCGUUUUCAAUCGAUACGGUCAGGGCGGUAUCGUCUAUGCACUCUCGCGUCAUGUAAUCCAAGUGAGAAUAAACGUCGCGCAAGUUGUUCGACAGUCCAUUGACAAGAUGCACGAGUUCAGGUGGACCAAGCCGGGGAGCUUUAACGACGGCGUAGACGAGCUUGUACCUGUGCACGCAAUGGCGCGUUACCACGAGCGCGUUCUCGACUAUCAGGCGUGA